AUGCCGUGCUUCCCAGAGCCGGAAUCCAGCGGGAAUCUCACCCUGGUGCUCCCUGUGUCUGUCCGCGCUGCCAUCGCCGCUGUUCUCCUCAUCGGAUUCGGCCCUGCGAGCCCCAGCCUCAGCCCGGAGAAGUCCCCUGAGCGCGGUGCUCAGUGUGCAGGGCUGGCAGCUGUGCCCCUGCCCGGUGCUGCACGCAGAGGCCGCGCGGGCUCUUCUCCAGGCUCCCGUGGGCCCGAGCCGGGUGCCCAUGGAGCCCCGGCCUGGCAGGGCUGCGGGGCGGCACCGCGGCUCCCCGGGCAGCAGCCGGCCCUCUGCCCCCUCCCCUCGGGAGCCCUCGGCCAGCGGCUGCUGGCCGCGCCUCAGGGCUGUGCGGGCACGGGAGGCCGGGACUGGGUGCAGGCUGCGCCCGGCCCAGGGGCUGAGCCCGCGCCAACCCUUCCCUCCUGCCGCUCUCUGCAGCUGGCAGAGGACAGGAGCCGAGCGGCCGAGCACCUGCGCCGGGCCCUGCCCUACCUGCGGAGCCCACAGGAGUCCCUGCGAGCAGCGGCCAUCAGGUUCAUGGGCAUGGCCGGGCGGCACCUGAGGGGGAAGAAGGAAGAGCUGCAGCUGAUCUGCACUGCCCUUGAACCCCUGACAGAGGACAUCAGCAGUGCCGUGUCGGACGUGGCACUAGAAACACUGUAUGUCCUCCGGGCACUGCAGAGUGAGCGAUAUUCCCUCUUCCAGAGGCUGCAAGAUCAGCUCCGCAGGGCAUGGAGGACACGGCCUCGUCUGGCGGGGCUCGGCUGGCUGCGCUGCUGCAGCUCUGCAGAGACCUGAUGCCAGAGGCUCUGUCUGCUGGGGCCGCCUGAGCCAGCUGGAAUUUUCCAUUUCUUUAAGAAUGUUCUUUGCUUCUUUUUGUUGUUUUUUU